AAAGUAGUCCGGUCCGUGGGGCUUUGCGACGCUGUCGCGUCCUGUCCCCACCGAACCGAGAAACGCGACGCGGCUGCCGGGCGGCGGAGGUGCCGCGGUGCGGUGCGAUGGCCGACAUGGAGGAUCUCUUCGGCAGCGACGCGGACAGCGAUGCGGAGCGCAAAGAUUCCGAUUCCAGAUCCGAGUCAGACUCUGAUCAGGAGAAUGCGCAGUCCGGUAGCAACGCCUCGGGAAGCGAUACCGACCAGGAAGACGCGGGCGACUCGGGGCAGCCAAAUAACAAGGAGCUGUUCGGCGAGGAUAGUGAGGAUGAGGGGGCGUCGCGCCACAGCGGCAGUGAGAACCCCUCGGAGCGCUCGGACAACAGGUCGGAGGCCUCGGAGCACUCUGAGCAUGAGGACAAUGAUGGCUCCGAUGUGGAGCAGCACAGCGGCUCGGAAGCGCAGCCCGAGGAUGAGGACGAUGGCCGCAGGUCUGAGGCUGGGAGCCACCGCUCGGAGGCCGACGGCUCAGACAAGGCGGCGUCCGACGACGACAGGUGGGGCGGAGAGGACAAGAGCGACCAGUCCGAUGACGAGAAGCUGCAGAACUCGGACGACGAGGAGCAGGCACAGGCCUCUGACGAGGACAAGCUGGCCAACUCGGACGACGACGAGAAGGAGCAGAACUCGGACGACGAGGAGCGGCCCGCGCUGUCUGACAACGAGCGGCCGCCGCUAUCUGAGGAGGAGAAGGCCAACUCCGAGGACGAGCAGCCCGCGGCGUCCGACAACGAGGACGAGAAGCAGCACUCAGACGACGAGCGGCCACAGGGGUCCGAUGAGGACAAAGCGCAGAACUCUGAGGACGAGCGGCCGCUGGCCUCGGACGACGAGGAGGAACAGGAGCGCAAGUCAGAAUCUGCCAGAGGCAGCGACAGUGAAGAUGAAGUCUUACGGAUGAAACGCAAGAACGCGAUUGCGUCCGACUCUGAGGCGGAUAGCGAUGCUGAGCUCCCCAAAGAUGGCAGCGGUGCCAUGGACCUAUUUGGAGGCGCAGACGACAUCUCUUCAGGCAGUGAUGGGGAGGACAAGCCACCUACCCCAGGGCAGCCGAUGGAUGAAAAUGGGCUGGCUGCGGACCAGCAGGAGGAAGAGCCCAUUCCUGAGACCAGGAUAGAGGUGGAGAUCCCCAAAGUCAACACGGACCUGGGCAAUGACCUGUACUUUGUCAAGCUGCCCAACUUCCUCAGCGUGGAGCCCAGACCUUUCGAUCCCCAGUAUUAUGAAGAUGAAUUUGAAGAUGAGGAGAUGCUGGACGAAGAAGGCAGAACCAGGUUAAAAUUAAAGGUGGAAAACACCAUCCGGUGGCGGACCCGCCGUGACGAGGAUGGGACCGAGACCAAGGAGAGCAACGCGAGGAUCGUCAAGUGGUCAGAUGGCAGCAUGUCCCUGCACUUGGGCAAUGAGGUCUUCGAUGUGUACAAGGCCCCGCUGCAGGGCGACCACAACCACCUCUUCAUCAGGCAGGGUACUGGCCUGCAGGGCCAGGCUGUCUUCAAGACAAAGCUGACCUUCAGACCUCACUCCACAGACAGCGCCACACACAGGAAGAUGACGCUGUCGCUUGCCGACCGGUGCUCGAAGACGCAGAAGAUCAGGAUCCUGCCGAUGGCUGGCCGCGACCCCGAGUGCCAGCGCACAGAGAUGAUCAAGAAGGAGGAAGAGCGCCUACGAGCCUCCAUCCGCCGAGAGUCACAGCAGCGCCGCCUGCGGGAGAAGCAGCACCAGCGCGGGCUGAGCGCCAGCUACCUGGAACCAGACCGCUACGAUGAGGAGGAGGAGGGCGAGGAGUCCAUCAGCCUGGCUGCCAUCAAGAACCGCUACAAGGGCGGCAUCCGUGAGGAGCGCGCCAGGAUCUACUCCUCCGACAGUGACGAGGGCUCGGAGGAGGACAAGGCGCAGAGGCUGCUCAAGGCCAAGAAGCUCAACAGUGACGAGGAAGGCGAGCCGUCAGGCAAGCGGAAGGCAGAAGAUGAUGACAAGGCCAGUAAGAAGCACAAGAAGUACGUGAUCAGCGACGAGGAGGAGGAGGAGGAUGACUGAAGCGGACGUGGGCCUUGCUAUGGACUGUACAGUGUCUUAUAAAUAUGUAAACAUGAGCUAUUUUGAUUGAAAUGAAUUAAUUUGCAUUUAUGUAAUUUUGUGAUAAAAAAUCCUUGAAAGCCA